CUCUGGCCCUAGCACAAAACACCACAAAGGUAAAAAAAAAAAAAGAAGAAAGGAUCAUCUCUGCGACGAAGAAAUUCCCCGAAAUUCUAAUUUCCAAAGCCCUCAAUCUUCAUUUCUCCAUCGCCCACAAUGUCGGUGAUGAUAGUGACGAGCUUGGGCGACUUGGUUGUGGAUUUGUUCACCGAUCGUUGUCCUUUGACGUGCAAAAACUUUCUGAAGCUGUGCAAGAUCAAGUAUUAUAAUGGCUGUCUAUUUCACACAGUUCAAAAGGAUUUCACCGCUCAGACAGGUGAUCCUACUGGAACUGGUUCUGGUGGUGAUUCAGUUUACAAAUUUUUGUACGGUGAUCAGGCUCGGUUCUUUGGUGAUGAAAUUCAUUUGGAUUUGAAGCAUUCUAAGAAGGGAACUGUUGCCAUGGCUAGUGGUGGGGAGAAUCUUAAUGCUUCUCAGUUCUAUAUCACGCUGCGCGAUGAUCUGGACUAUCUUGAUGGGAAGCACACUGUUUUUGGAGAGGUGGCAGAAGGAAUUGAUACACUAGAUAGGAUAAACGAAGCUUUUAUAGAUGAGAAGGGACGACCAUUCAAAAACAUCCGAGUCAAACACACUUACAUACUGGAUGAUCCUUUUGAUGAUCCACCAGAACUGGUUGAGUUGAUUCCAGAUGCUUCUCCAGAUGGGAAACCAAAAGAUGAGGUUGAUGAUGAUGUGCGUCUGGAGGAUGACUGGGUGCCUAUGGAUGAGAAACUAGGAACUCAAGAACUUGAGGAGAUUCUGCGUGCAAAGGAAGCUCAUUCUCGUGCAGUUGUGCUCGAAAGUAUAGGGGAUAUUCCUGAUGCUGAGAUAAAACCUCCUGAUAACGUGCUCUUCGUUUGUAAAUUAAACCCAGUAACUGAAGAUGAAGACCUGUAUACUAUCUUUUCACGUUUUGGAACAGUGACUUCUGCUGAAAUAAUAAGAGAUUACAAGACUGGAGAUAGUUUGUGCUAUGCUUUUAUUGAGUUUGAGGACAAAGAAGCCUGUGAACAAGCAUAUUAUAAGAUGGAUAAUGCUCUAAUUGAUGAUAGAAGGAUUCAUGUUGAUUUCAGUCAAAGUGUUGCAAAAUAUUGGUUCCAGUAUAGAAACCGCAAGGAUCAGAUGGGUAAAGGAGGAGGUUGCUUUAAGUGUGGCUCCCUUGAUCACAUUGCUAAAGACUGCACAGCGCAAUCUACCCAACAACAUCAUCCAAAAUACAUACUUAAAGAAGAUAACAGGCAGCAUGGUGGAGAUGAUAACUCGAGGUUUGAAAUGGUAUUUGAUGAAGAUGCUGGUGGUAGUCCAAGAGGAAAUAAAAGACAACAGGAUUAUGGAGCUGAAAAAGAUGAUGGCAAACAGAAUGUUAAACGUAGGGGUUCAGAUGAACACUUCGACCGAGAUAACGGAAAGAGAGAGCUGCAUGAUCGAUAUGGACAUGGGCACAGAAGUAAGGAAAAUAGAGAAGACAAGUAUCGAGGAAGUAGGGCAAGCCCAUCACGCAGUGAAAGGGAGAGAGAUCACAGGGGAAGCCCAUUUGGUGAUGAAAAGGAGAGAUCCCACAGAGACCACAAGUAUACAGGACGUAGAGCAAGCCCGUCACGUGGUGAAAGGGAUAGAGAUCACAGGGCAAGAAAUGAUUCUGAUCAUAGAAGGAAAGCAGAUCAUAGCCACAGGGAAAGGAGAGAUGACACAGUGAAUGACAAAAGUAGAGCAAGCCCAUCACGUGGUGAAAGGGAUAGAGAUCUCAGGGCAAGAAAUGAUUCUGAUCAUAGAAGGAAAACAGAUAGUAGCCACAGGGAUAGGAGAGAUGAGGGAGUGAAUGACAGAAGGAGGGACAAUGGUGUUGCACACAAAGAUAAGAGGGAUGAGAGAGAACAUGAAAAGAGGGAUAGGAGAAAGGAGGAAGGGUACAAUAGAAGACAUGCAGAUGAUGUUAGGCAUGAUAAGCGGGAUGAACAAGAGACUGUAAAAAAGGCCAGGAAAGAUGAGAUACAGUAUGAUGGGAGGCAUGCAGAUGGUACUAGGCGGGAUGAACAAGAGACUGUAAAGAAGGCCAGGAAAGAUGAGAUACAGUAUGAUGGGAGGCAUGCAGAUGGUACUAGGCAUAGGGACAAGGGGGAUAAGAAAGAGUAUGAUGAGAAAGGACGAGAUGAUUUUGGGCGCAAAGGAAGAGAACAAGAGCGAGAUCAUGGAAAGAGAAGUGCAAAAAUUGAUGAUGCUUGUGAUGGAGGAGGUAGAAGGCGUAGAGUUGACGAGGACAUUACACAGUAACAUGUCAUGCUAGAUUGAGGUCUUGGUCCACUUCUUCUAUCCAUCACAAGCAAUCAUUAAUUGCAGGAGCCUGGAAAUUUAUCAUGCAAAGAGAGAGGACGUGUAUUCAACUGAAAUGGCAUCAUGCUUGAGAAAUAGCUUGGCAGAAGAAAACCUGAGGAAUUUUUGUUGCUUUUCUUUUGUGGGAAGAAAACUCAAUAUGAACUAUUAAGUAGUGUAAAAUCAGUUAUUUUUAGUACUACAAUAUCUCAGUGUAAUUUGGGUAUAUUGUGGAGGAAUGCUGGCUGUGAAUUUGAUGCACAUGCACAAGCACAAGCACAACCUUUCUGCCUAA